UUUUACAAUUCAGUUUCAGUUUCAGUGUCAGCUGAGAUUUUAAAAUGCACGGAGCUCAGUUUGUUGGUUCACGCCAAUAUUUAAAUCUUAAAACAUUUAAAUAAUUUAAAUUAUUAUAUUUUUUAUAACUGACUACAGUGCACUAAUUAUUAGAGUAAUAAAUAUCAUUAUUUAAUAAGUAUACUUAUAAUUGUGUGAUUUUGUGACAAUAAUUAAGCCUUUUGUGGAUUAUUUUCCAUGAUAAUCGACAGGUGCUAUACACCUCCGCAAUUUAACGAGUUAAGUGAUGUAUGACCAUGAACGAGUUCUUAGAAUUUGACGACACCGUAUAAACCUCUCAUUACGCUUGCGCCACGUUGUUUAGAAUUUUGUUUAAUUUUGGAGAAAAUAAAAGCAAGAAUUAUUUUUUGGAGCUUCAAGUUUAUUAAUCUUUCACACAAUCACACAAUAAAAAAAAAAAAAGUCAAUUUUUUUUAAAUAAAUAAAAGGAUUCAAGCAUCAAUGUCCAAGUCAAUGUCUAGCUGGACCUUUUGGAGAAAGCCAAGGCGUGUUGGACGAUUAGACGUUACGACAAAGCCAAAAGGAAAAAAAAAACGCUCUAAGAAAGUGGAUCACCCAGGUAGCAUCAUUGAGAAAGAAGAAGGCCACACCAGUACUAAUAAUAAUAACACCUGUAAAAAUAAUAAUAAUAAUAAUAAUAAUAAUAAUAAUAAAAUAACUGAAGAAGUAAAUAACAGUAAAGAAAAAAAACCCCAAGAGGUGUCGAAAAAAAAUAUGGAUUUUCCAACAUCAAGAUUAGAAGAUCGAGUACCUAAAGAGACACCUAUUACAGAUGAUUAUGAAAUAAGUAAUCACGUACUUGGGCUUGGUAUCAAUGGACAAGUUGUUGAGUGCUAUGAUAAAAAUACUAGAGAAAAAUAUGCCCUAAAGGUACUUUAUGACUGUAUGAAAGCAAGGAGAGAAGUUGAAUUACACUGGAGAGCUUCUAAUUGUAAACAUAUUGUACAAGUUAAAGAUGUUUAUGAAAAUACUUACGGUGGAAAUAAAUGUCUGCUUGUAGUAAUGGAAUGCAUGGAGGGUGGUGAACUUUUUCAACGGAUACAAGAUCGGCAAGACGGUGCCUUUACUGAAAGAGAAGCUGCACAAAUAAUGUACGGAAUUUGUCUUGCGGUAAAGCAUCUCCACGACAUUAACAUUGCUCAUAGAGAUCUUAAACCUGAAAAUCUUUUGUACUCAAAGUUAGAUAGCUCAGGAGUACUGAAAUUAACAGACUUUGGUUUUGCCAAAGAGACUAAUAUUAAAAACACAUUACAAACGCCAUGCUAUACACCUUAUUAUGUCGCUCCUGAAGUGCUGGGAGCAGAAAAGUACGACAAAAGCUGUGAUAUUUGGUCGUUGGGAGUGAUAAUGUACAUUUUAUUGUGCGGUUUUCCGCCGUUCUACAGCAACCACGGGUUAGCGAUUUCACCAGGAAUGAAGAAGAGAAUACGUCUAGGACAGUAUGAUUUUCCAGCUCCAGAAUGGGAGCACGUAAGCACUGAAGCGCGAGAUCUCAUUAAAGGAAUGUUGCGUACAGAUCCAGCCGAACGAUUUACCAUCGAAGAUGUUAUGAGAAAUAAUUGGAUUUGUAAACAUACUGAAGUACCGCCAACGCCGCUGCAUACCGGGCGAGUUUUGCGCGAAGGAGAGGAACUUUGGCCUGAAGUACAAGAAGAAAUGACACGAUCUCUCGCGACGAUGCGUGUCGAUUAUGAUGCCGCCAAUUUAAAACAAUUAGACAAUUCAAAUAAUCCAUUGUUGAUUAAACGUCGACGAGCGAAACAGGCCGCCGCUAUGGGAACACCCUUGUCUCCUACACCCGCCUCAUAAGAGUCUAUUAACUAUUUAAUUGAUCGAAUCAAUCAUAUAAUGAUUGUAAAAUGUCUGUAUACGACAAUUAGAAUUGUUGAUGUUUUAAUUACGAUAGCUUAUUGCUAAUGUAUUGACAAUAUCGUAAAAAACACCGCCCACUGUGCAGCUAUUUUAUAAUAUACUUAUAUAAAAUAUAUUAAUUAAUCAUGUAUACAAAUA